CACAAAGGAUGUUUUCUUUUUUCAGAAGAGAAAAUCUUUGGCAACCUCUAAUGUGAAGAAUAAACAAAGCAACAGGAGCUAAGACAAACAAAACCCACCUUGCUUAAGAAGAGAAGAGGUCAGCCCCGUGGGGGACUUGAAGAGGGUGGAUUAACACGACUGCAUGCCCUUAUGAAUGUCCCACCAACUGUCCAAGGAGCAGGUUGCCAAGUGCAAAGAGGCCUUUGAGCUGUUCGACCAGGACGCCGAUGGCACCAUCACCACCAAGGAGCUGGGCACCGUCAUGCGGUCCCUGGGGCAGAACCCCACCGAGGCGGAGCUCAAGGGGAUCAUCGACCAGGUCGACACCGACGGCAACGGCACGGUCGACUUCCCCGAGUUCCUGGGCCUGAUGGCGCAGAUGAUGAAGGACCCGGAAGUCGAGGAUGGGAUCCGUGAGGCCUUCCGGAUGUUUGACAAGGACGGCAACGGCUACAUCAGCGCGGCCGAGCUGCGGCAGGUGCUGGCCACGCUGGGGGAGAAGCUGACGGACGAGGAGGUGGACGAGAUGAUCCGGGGGGCCGACACGGACGGAGACGGCAAGGUGAACUACGAGGAGUUCGUCCGUGUACUGAAGGGGAAGUGACCGGUGACUUAGAAAGUGGGUGGAGGAGUUGGUACCAAGAUUCUUUUUCUUGGCUCUGACUCCUCUGUUCCUUCCACCCACCAUGUUCUUGCCUCUCCUGGGCUGUCCUGGGCUUUCUUUUUCCCCUCCCUGGGCCCCUGCUUCGAUGGUGGUGGUAGGGCAGGGGGAUGGGGACUGAAUUGACAAAUGGACGAGAAUGUGCUUUUUGUGGCAGAGCCCUGGACCAGCAGGUGGGAGCUUCCAAAUGUUCUUCCCUGCUCUGCUGCUGCGUGGCCUCGGACAAAGAGCUUGUUUCCCCCACCUAUGCCACAUGAGAUAUCUUACCUCCCAGAGCUGUGGUUAUUUAAAUAAAACCCAUAGGAGAUGCCUGGGUUCUGUGGGAAAGGAGGGAAUUGUUGGAACCCACCCUUGCUGCGGUGAGCUUUUCCUCCGCUUGGUUUUGUGUGGUGUGAGCUCACCCAUCUCUUUAGCUCAACCUCAAACAAGCAGGUGAAAUAAAAGAAAUGAAUGAACUGGGAGGGAUGAGUUUGUUUCAGCCAGGAUGAACCUGCAAAUGUUGCCAGAAAAAGCUGAGUCUUCUUGGGUCCUGGGCAAAGGGCUAAGAGCUGGGAUGCUGGGUACGGGGGAAGAGCAUGUUCUCACCCACUGCAGAAUCUGUCUGGAUUGCCCAGUGACACCGGCAACUACACCAGACUAAGUUGUUUAGCCCCCAGAACUAGGCUUACACAGUUGGUGCACAGUCAGACCCACAGAACCCGGCCCUGGAGUUCCCUUUGGGUCAAUUUCUUCCAGGGAUCUUUUACCCCUUCCAAACUCUUCAUCUGAACAACAGGCCAAGGACACCACCUAGGGCAGGGGUUUGUGGGUGGGGACAGAGGAGGCAGAAAAGGUCGAACUGGAGACCUUUCCAUGUCUCUGGGCUGCCUCUGUCUUGACUCUAAUGAAAGAACGUUGGGGCGAGGAGGAGCCCAAAGCAG